UUGCUUUAAUUAGCAUUUUAUAUUCAGUUUAUUAUUGACUAACGGGGAAAAUGCGAAAACUUUCUGCGCAUUUAACUUUGCAGUGAAAAUGAUUUCCAUCGUUUGCAACUACGGGUGUCAGCCGUUUCCACAGGAGUGAGAAUCCUAUCAACUAGUGAGUUUUCCUUCGAGUCAAUAAUUCCGUAGCUGAAAUGGGGGCACCCAAACCGGAUAUUAGCGAGUACCAGAUGCUGGAGCGAAUCGGCAGCGGAACCUACGCGACGGUUUAUCGGGCAAUGAAAAAGACGACAAAGGAUGUCUUUGCGAUCAAAUGCGUGGAGAAAGCUUCGCUAUCCAAGUCGGCUGUGGACAACAUCAUCACUGAGAUUAGCCUGCUGAAGAAGCUCAAGCAUCAGCACAUAGUGGAGAUGAAGGACUUUCUCUGGGACGAGCGGUUCAUAUACAUCGUGAUGGAAUACUGCAACGGGGGCAGUUUGUCCGGAUAUAUCCGGCAGAAGCAGCAGCUGAGUGAAACCACGUGUAGGAUUUUCCUUCGACAGCUGGCACUGGCAUUGCGCUACAUGCGACAGAACGACGUUUGUCACUUUGAUUUGAAGCCGCAGAAUUUGCUGCUAAUGCGUGGCACCGCGGGUCACGGUAUAACGCUGAAAGUCGCAGACUUUGGAUUCGCUCAGCACCUGAAACUAGGGCAGGAGAAUACCUCGAUCAAGGGCUCACCACUUUACAUGGCCCCGGAGAUUUUGCUGAAACAUUGUUAUGAUGCAACGGCCGAUUUGUGGAGCAUUGGAGUCAUCCUGUACGAGUGUCUUUUUGGAAAAGCACCCUAUAGCUCCCAUUCGUUGCAGGAACUGAUUGAGAAGAUUCGAUCCAACAGGCGGAUAGAAGUUCCUAAAUCACAGCAUAUUUCACCGGAAUGUGAGGACCUGCUGUCUCGACUUUUGCAACGAUCGCCCAAGGAUCGAAUAAGUUUUGAAGAUUUCUUCAAACACGCAUUUCUAGAUUUAAAACAUGCGCCUUCGGAGGAAAACCUGGAGAAGGCAAUCGCUCUGAUUAACGAAGCCAUCGAACAAGACAAACAGCAAGAGUACGAUGCGGCCUAUCGGAACUACUGCCGCGGUCUGCAAUACUUUGUCCCGAUCAUUCAAGCGGAAACUAGUCCCUCCAAGAAGCAAAUCCUUCGCAAACGGGUUCAAACCUACCUGAACCGGGCAGAGGAAAUCAAACAUUCCUUCCGGGCGGAUGAAGUGACCCCCGAGCAGCCCGACCCGAAUGCAACGACAUCGGCUCAAGCCGAAACCAAACGAAUUCCAACAUCACGUACCGAACAAAUCCAGCGAGCACUGGAACCAUCCGAUCUGUACAAACAACUGUACGCGCUUGCUUCGUCCAGUCCGGAGCUUAAAUCGGCCCUGGAAAUAGGCCGCCAGGCCGAGCUGUACGCACUGGAAAACCGACUGGACAUCGCACUGGAGUCGUACAAAACCGUGCUGGGCAAACUGAUGCCACUGCUGGGCGCUGAACUGCGUGGUUCCAAGCGAAGGGAACUACUGCACCAGCAGAUCGUUCGCUGGAUGGAACAAGCCGAACAGAUCAAAACCGUCCGCUCGGCGCAGAUACUGGAGGAGAUGGAAAACGGGACCGGCACCGGCUAUGCUUGCACCGUGCAGUGAACGGAUGCUUUAGAAAUUUAGUUUUUUAAACUAUUAAGUAGAUGUGAUUUUAAUUAUUUUCUACCCGUUGUGACAUUAUAUUGUGAGCUUU